AAGGAAUUUCAAAGUGACAUUAUUCAAAGACCGAGUUUAAGACUGGUAUCCUAAAGAGAAACAUUUUUGUAGUGUAAAGAUAAAUGUUAACAUGAGUGGACAAAGUUAUUGAAAAAUGGAGAAAGAAACUGCCUUUGUGAAAAAGAUGAAAAAACAUAGGGGUCGUUUGGAUUGAGUAUUUGGGGGUGUUAUUUGGGGUCAAAUAACACAAAAUCUGUUAUUUGACCCCAAAUAACAUGUUUGGCUGACAAAAAGUGGGAUGUGUUAUUUGGAUGUAGUGUUUUGCCAAAUAACAGAUUUGAGACCAAAUAACACAAAAAGUGUUGAUUGCCAAAUACUUGGGAGGGGCAGGUAUUUGCCAAAUAACAAGUUUGAGACCAAAUAUCACAUACCAAAUAACAGGUUUUAUAUUAUGUGGUAUUUGUGUGGUAAUUGGCCCCAAACAACAAGUUUGUCAAAUACUCAAUCCAAACGACCCAAUAAAGUAAAAUAUCUCAGAUAGUUUUGAUACAGGUUUCACCGAGAAACCCCUUUAUAUUAUAUAAGAAACGACGCUUACUUAUCUAGUUGGCGGCGAAGCGUAUCAAUUGCCAAAUAUCAUUCUUCGAAGACAUCAAAAGAGAGAUCUAUUGUAUUGUGGGGCACUCUUAUUCACCAACGAAAUAAGGGCAAUGAUCGAAGCGUUGCCGCCGGAGCUGCAGGUAGACCUACCGAUGCCCUCAGUCGAAUUCCAUCUCGAGAAGACCGGUAAUAAUCCCCUAAACCCUAACACCGGCCCCGCACCCAAGCGUAUCUGUGUUUUAUGCGUAGUAUUUGAUUUUGCUCCCGUACUAAUUAAACACGUGUAGAAUUCCUUUAACAUGUUUAAUAUUAAUAUAUUUAAUAACUUAAAUAGAUAAUUUUCAAGAAUUUAGUCUAGUGGUAGUAUCAGUGAUCUUAAAUAUGAGAUUUACAAGGUUCGAAACGCUAACCACUCUCAUGCGCUCGAUUCUCCUUGUAUUUGGAACCUGAUUUUUUUUUUUUUUUGCGUGUGCUUCUGUGUUGACCGAACAUAUCAGGAGAAGGACCGAAAAGAUGCCGAAGCCAGAGGUAUUAGAUGCCUCGGUAUCCCAUCCAGAAGAUAUUGAUUACCUGCUUCUCAAGGAGAACGUUGUUGCUAUGGUCUCCUGCUUCUGGAGCAUGUACAACAAAUUGGAAUCCAUCCAGGAAAACCCUGCAGGCGGGAAGACGAGCUCGCAGCUGAAAGGCCUGUCGGAGGAGCACAAAGAGGAAUUGGUUGUCUUCGAAACCAUCAAGGGCGAGAUCGCCCAAGCGCUGCACGACAUCAGCGACGCCUUGAUCAAAGAGAUCGAGCUGCACUGGCAACAUGUGGAGCUGGUGCAGGAGCAGCUCGAUGUGCCUUCCAAAGAGAUUCCUCAUGAUCUCCCCCUGAUGGUCGCUUAGUGGAGCUCAGGAUGCCUGAUCUAUAAGUAUGGGCCUCAGUUGUCUUAGAAGUAUGGGCCUAUUAAGCAUUAGCCCGCGAUCAAUGGGUUAUUGAAUACUUAAAACAACUGGCCCAUCACGAAUUAGUGUGCUGAAAUUUUCUGCUUACGCAACUUUUUGUUACGUUAUAAUAUGAUGUUUGUGUGACCUUUUUGUUACGUUUUUAAACGUUUAUGAUCGUUUUGUUAUUUGAUCAAACUUGUGUGAACAUUUUGAUCAAUUACCCAUUAAACGUAUUAUACGUGUUUAGUACGGGAGCCAUCAAAUGAAAAAGAAAAAUAUAUCUUAACAAUAAUACAGAUAAUAAAAUUUU